AAGGGCGCCUACACAAACUUUAAACUUUGCUCGUCCAGUGUUGGUAAGCCUGAAAAUAUCGGUAAACAGAACUCUUCUGCUGGACAUAUGGCAACUUGUCAAGAGUGGAGAUUAAAACGCUACGGUCGUUUAAUUACUGGCUCAGCAGCAACGGGGGGAGAGCCAUGGAAGGUGUUCGAGGCUGAUGGUGAUAAACCAGGAAUUUUUCUCAAAAUUUUGGAUUCUGGAUACUUGUUGGUUUUGCAGGGGCAGGAAAGUUUUGAUACAAUACCUCUGCUAUGUGCUUCAGAUUCUUGCAAAGUUCACCAGAAAUCAGACAACCUCAUGUUUCGAUUUACUGUGAAGGGAGAGAGCCGCAUGAUGAGGAUGCAGUUUGAUGGAAGUAGCAAGGCAGAGGCUAUCAAACAGUGUUCAAGUGCUGUGAAAAAACUGAUGGAGUACUUACCUGUCACCACACAGAAAGACACCCUGCCGGCUUCGAAUCAGACCCCUGCCGGGGAUUCUGUGCCAGUGAAACAGACUUAUCAGGGGAAGGCUGUGGGUGCUGAACCUGUGGUUGUUAAAGGAUCAUUGUCCAUAGAGCAUCUUACCCAGGUAUUACAAUUUGAACACUUCUUAGGAGGGACUGCUGUGACUCUGCCUCAAGUGUAUCGCCACAGUUCUUUGGCACACAUCGACCUGGAGCCCGUCCUGCGUUUAUGUCUCCUUGAUCCCAGCUUUCCUGCAUUUGUGGAGAAUGUGGAGGGGGAGCUGAGGAAACUGCUUGAAGAAUGAGGAAUCUCAUCUGCAGCUGAAGGCGAAGAGGUCAAGUCAGUGCAAUGUGUUCUUUCUUAUACAGUUUGUGUAGGCAGCUCCUGUUGGUUGUGUUGAUGCU